AUGACGGAGGUCGAAGGUGGCGCUGCUCCCCUUCCCAUAUUUGAUAGUUGCAAUAUCACUAUCAUUGUGAGCAAAGAGCUUCCAUUGACCCAAGCGGAGCAGUUGAGAGACAUUCUUGAGGAUAAUGGAGCCUCAGCAGAAUUUAAAAACCGAGACGACGGCAUAAAGCUAGAGGAGUUCACUCAUAUAGUAUCUACCACAACCGACUUUGCAUCUUACAAUGAGGCGAGCCUCUUGCUAGUACCAGUUGUUACGCCCGGUUGGGUAACACAAUCUCUCAGCAGACGCAGACAAGCUCCUAUACGCCCCUACACACCCGACGAACGACUUAUCUUCUCCAAUGUCAACCUUACAUGCGCAGAUAUCCCACAAGGUGAUAAAGUUGCGAUAAUCGGUGCGACAUGCGCUAUGGGUGGAAUGGAGAGCAAUAGCUUGACUAAAUUGGUAACUCACAUUUGUGCCCUUAGUAUGGAUCACCCCAAAUGUCAGACGGCCAAGGAAAAGAAUAUGAAGUGCAAGAUUGUGCUUCCACAGUGGUUCGAUGAUUGCUUGAAGUUAGGAAGACGCAUAGACGAACGGCCAUAUUUGCUCCCGAAUCCUGAAAUCUUUCACAUGAAUCCUGAAGACAAUCUGCCAAUACCUUCUUCUGCAAGACUUACAGGUGCUACUGCGGCGCAUCCUGAUAUGCUCGAGACCCCGACGGCUUCUCCUAUACAACGUGAUCUUGAUGUGUUCAAAGGGAAAAAGGUAAUGUUGUCUAAAGACCUAGACCUUGGAAGCCGACUUACAGGAUUGCUUUCACGUUUAAUUGAACAUGGUAAAGGCACAAUAACAACAUCAAUACGUCAAGCUGAUAUCUUUGUGUGUAAUUACCGAGAGGGUAGGAAUUAUGUCAUAGCCUCCCGAUCAGCUUCAACCCAUGUGGGUAAUCUCUCUUGGUUUUACUACUUGAUUGCCCACAACACAUGGACAAAUCCGACAAGGAGGCUUCUUCAUUAUCCUAUGCCGAAAGGUGGGAUACCGGGUUUCGAAAGGUACAAGAUAACUCUCUCCAAUUAUGGUGGAGAGGCACGUAUCUACCUUGAGAACCUGGUAAAUGCUGCUGGUGGGGAGUUUACAAAAAGCAUGAAGCAGGAUAACACACAUCUUAUCACGGCUCGAAAAACGAGUGAGAAGUGCAAUGCUGCCGCGGAAUGGAAUAUUGAUAUGAUCAAUCAUCUUUGGCUUGAAGAAAGUUAUGCCAAGUGCGAGGUUCAGAAAUUGACUGAUCCUCGUUAUAUCCACUUUCCUCCAAGAACAAAUCUUGGAGAGGUUAUUGGUCAAACUCAGUUUGACCUAAAGGCUUUGGAGAAGAAAUAUUAUCCCAAGGAUCCAACACCUGGUCCAAAUAGUCCAAAGCCCGCGAAAAUGAAGAAUUUGACAAUUCAAGACCGAGAUGAAGAUCAGGAUAUGGACGGUGAAACCGAAGAUGAGGAAGCAGGAGUAACUGCGCCUCCUCCGAAACCCAAUGCUAAAGGCAAAAGAACUUCUACAAACUCUACAAAUGUUCUUUCAACACCGGCUGGCAAGAAGCGCACAUCUUUGGGCAAAGAAAAUGAUACCCCUUCAUCAACUAGCAGCCGAAGUGCUAAAGACAGAGCAAUACAUGCCCUUCAUCAUCUUGCUCCUGAUAUUGCCCAGUACGAACUGGAAAAGAAAAGAAAAGGGCACGUCUUCGGUGGUGAUCGAGCGGCCAAUAGGAUUGAGAAGGAGCGAGAGUUACAACGCAACUCGAGUCCAAAUGUGAAGCGCCAACAGGAUGAAGAGGAAAGUGGCAGUGAGAGUGAGGAGACUGAUGUCCGUCCACAAAAAAGGGCAAAGACCACGAUAAAACCAGAGGUCCAAGUUCGUAUGCUUAUUACUGGUUACAAGGUUUGGGCCACGGAGGCAUCUAAGGAGGAAACAGAUACUAAAAAGCUACGUAAUCUUGGUAUUGCCGUAUGGAAUAAUUAUGGCAAAGUCGACAUUAUGGCUGCUCCCAAAAUGGUUCGAACUAGGAAAUUCCUCGUUGGUCUUGCACAUGGACCCACUGUUGUGUCAGAUAGAUACAUCGAGGCUUGUAUCAAGGCAGGGAAGGUGUUAGAUGUUGAGGACUUUCCAUUAGAGGAUACAGAAAACGAAAAAAAGCAUAAAAUCAAGUUGAAGGAUGCUUUGAGUCGGGCCAAAGUCAAUCAAGGUCGACUCCUAAAUACAGUGCCAAUAUACUGUACUACGGACAUCGACAAUGGGGUCGAAACUUACAAGGAUAUUGCAGAAGUCAACGGAGCUACUUUCGGCGUGUAUAAGGGACGUCCAACCAUUAAACCGACCAGACCAGAAGAUGAUGAUGGACCUCCUGAACCCAUCUACUUAAUCAGCAGCGACAAAAGAUCCGAGCAAGCUCUCUACUCGAAAUUCGAAGAAAUGGCCAAGGCGGGAAAUAUGGAGCCAAGAAUCGUCAAGGUCGAAUGGUUGUUAGAUGUUGCCAUGUCUCAACAAAUCAAGUGGGAUAAGAAAUAUUUGCUAAAGCGGUAG